UCGCGCCGGGAGUGACGUGAUCGUGAACGUUUCGCGAUAAGUAUUCAGCAUUUUAUAAUUUCAGCAUUUUUAAAUAUCUCUAAUGAAUUCCGACAAAAAGUGCUACGAAAAAUUCAGCAAAACGUGGAGACAAAGGGCAUCAUUUUGAAAUAAGCGUGACUCAGGCCUGGUUUCAUCAAUAAUCGGGCAUCAGAGAUUGACCAUAGAUCGAGAGUUUUUUUUUCAUCGACGAUUGAAAUUCUCGUCAGAAGACGAUUAAAAAGGAGAAACUCGCGAUUGAGAUUGUUUGUCGAAUUACGUGAAAUGUAAAAAAUAUACUGUGAAGAUAAUCCUGACACGGCACUAACAUCGAUCUUCAUUGAAUGUUUGAUGAUAAAUAAACAGCGAGAAUGGUGCGAGCAACUCGUGCGAAUGGAGCGCUGACGAAGAUGAGGGAUGCAGUUCCACAGAAAGGAAAUAAUAACGUAGCCACCCCCAAGUCCAAACCGUCCUUAGAAAUAUACCGACCCCCAGUUUCAUGGUCACCUCUAGGUGGGAGAGCGGAAGGAACCACGGCGAACGUCACUAAUCUUCGACUAAACGUGCACGCUAAGGAAUUCACGAUGAAGCAGAACGAUUCGCAUCCUUCUAAGUCUCGGAAUAAUGCAUCGGAGCGCUCCUCGUAUUAUCUGCAGCACAGCAAAUCGAGCGGUAAUAUACACCGUUAUCUCUACGCUCAGCAACAACAGCUACAACAUUCUCUGCAACAACAGCAACAGCACCAGCUACCGUCCCGUCAUUCUCAGAGUGGCCAUCACGCGACAGCAAAUUCCACAUUUCGACAGCUCCAUCCUUUAGACACUUCUGCAUCCAGCGGGAACAUCUUGCAUGCCGCGAAUCGGGUACAUUUCAAUGUGGAACAGAACGAAGUCAAAACUAAUUCUGUGAAACCGGGCAAGCUUACUAAAUCUCACACCUUCGUAUCGACUUAUGGCCUGAAGCGCUCGAAGAGCCUGAACUCAACGGAUGUAUUAGCUGCUAAAGCACUCAAUAUCGCGGACGCCUCCGAGCUCGGGAAAUUCCCCUCGCCUGUUCAAGAUAUACUUUUGCGAGCGAUAGAAGAUCCGAAUCUUUUGAAUGCGAGAACGUUGAUGGAACUAGUACGACACAUUCUGGAUAGGGUAGUGGAGAAUCGCAAGUAUGCCGAGCCGGCAGCUAAAAUUUGCAUCACAAUUAUAGAGAAAGAAACAAAGGAAACUUUCCUGGAAUCCUUGCUAAAUACGUGCCAACAGUGGUGCCAGGAUCGCGUUAGAUUACUGCACGAUGGCACGACUUGCCAUCGGUAUUCAGCCUUUAUGAUGUUUCUCAACGAGAUGUAUUGCCAGUUGAAACGACGGCAGCUACAAUUGAAGACACAGCAGGAGGGCGUUCCUCCCGGACGCGUGCUGCUCACGCUGCUUUGGAAAUGUUGCCAGGAUUGUCUGCAGCCACCCGCCAUCAAUUCACUUACCGAGACGAACUGCCUAUUCUUCAUCCUCACAUGCAUCGGGAAGGACCUGGACGCGGAACUGCCCGCGCAACUACAGCAACUGCUUGGUAGCGUACGCGACGCCUUCCUGGCAGAGGAGACGACGCUGCCACCGGUGAAGAGGACUCUCCUGCAACUGAUUGAGCUCCAUGCCGCUCAUUGGCAACUGCCAGCACCUGCGGUGGUUUACUACUACCCUUCGAACUCAAACUCCAAGUGACCGCCACUCGACACCUGCGGUCUCUCCGUCCAUCUUCCCAGAGUAUGCGAGUGGAUUUGCACGAAAGCACGGGUGUACUUUAAGUAUUUGUACCGGAACGAAAUAUUUUCUAACGAGCGCGCUGAUAUGCCUUUCGACGCGACAAUAAUAAAUACACGAACGAAAGUACGACGUCGAUGAGUUAUAUGCAAUCCUUUUUUUAUUUCACGACGAUCGCGAACGAUUUGCGAUGAUCUCGUUCCUUCCAUGAAACGGAAGUUUUUGUUCGAUGAUUCUGUAUGCAAACGAUGGUAUACGAAUAAACAAAUUCUUUUACAAGUGCA